UACGGCGAAGAAGGAACAAAAAUGAGUCUAAUGGUAUGGUCGAUGCAUUUUAACGAGGGACCGUGCGCUUCCCCAGUUGAUACGGCCCAAGAAAGAUCAUGAGCAAAGACUCCCAGAUGAGGGCUGCGAUUAACCAGAAGCUGAUAGAAAUGGGGGAACGGGAGCGGUUGAAAGAGCUGCUAAGGGCAAAGCUGGUGGAGUGCGGAUGGAAGGAUCAGCUGAAAGCACAUUGCAAAGACGUGAUCAGAGAAAAGGGCUUGGAGCAUGUCACAGUGGAGGACCUGGUCACAGAAAUCACACCCAAAGGGCGAGCGCUCGUUCCUGACAGUGUGAAGAAAGAGCUCCUGCAGAGAAUCCGAGCAUUUCUAGCUCAACAUGCAACCUUGUGAACAACACUGCUGUCCAGACUAGUUUUUUAUAACACCCAACCUCCCCUCACAUUGACAGUAAAAUCCAGACUGACGUUCAUUCUCACCAUGAACAAGUGUUUUCAUUUUUGUAUGGUGUGCUUUCAUGUCACCCUAUUAAAGUAAUAGCCUAAGUCAUAUUUCAAGUUUUUGGGAAAACACAAAAAAACAACUCUGAAGGAUAGCUUGUACUGGGCCUUGCCAUCAAGGCUAAAUUGAAGAGCCAGUAAAUCAUGUACAGUUGGGUCUCCUGAUUUUUUGCCUGAUCUGAUACUUGAGAAGUAAGAUCCAUUGAGUUUCAUGAUUUCAUCAUGUUUGACCAAUUAAUCAAAAAUGUUGACUUAGGCAAAGAUAUAAAAUGGGCUAACUUACAUUCUUGGCAUAGUCCAUUGUCCCGUCGGGCAUAAAGAUCAUUAUUCUUUCAACUAAGGAUUUAGGUGAUUUUACCAGAGAUGGCCAGCAUUAUCAAGAGAUGAUUUAGGCCAAAAACUCAUUUUCAUCAAAAAAUUACAUUUUAAUAGGGUGACAUUGUGUUAUCAAUGCAGCAUUUUUUUUUCAGAAAGGAAAUAAAAGUCAUGCCUAUUUUGGUUA